AUGGCGUCAUUUUCAAAACAACUAACUGUUCACGAAGUAACCGAAUUAUUAGAACAAGGGGAUAUCGAUGAUAUUUUGGACGAUGUUACUGACAUGUUUAUGGAGCCACCAGUAAAUGUGAAUAAUGACAUCACUGAUGAAGACAGCGAUGAUGAUGGACCGAUAGGUGAUAUAAUUCACAUGCCGGCUAGCUUACUAAACGCAUAUAUAGUUAUACAUGAUCCUGAUACAGAGAACUCAGAAGUAGCAAGCAAACGCAAACUAUUUUUCGACCAACAAGUGUUGAAAAUGAUUGUUGAUUAUUCAAAUAAUUAUGCAUCUAAUAAAAACCAAUCACUUCAAAUUGAUGUAAACGAACUAAAGUGUUUUUUAGGUAUCUUGUUAUUAUCAGGUUAUAAUGAAUUAUCACGAAGACGUAUGUACUGGGAAAAAUCACCAGAUACCCAUAACGACUUGGUGUCAGGUGCUAUGCGACGAAAUCGUUUUGAAUUUUUGAUACACACACCACAUCAACAAUUUCAUAGUAUAGAUGAAUCAAUGGUUCCAUACUUCGGCAGACAUGGCUGCAAACAGUUUAUAAGGGGCAAGCCUAUUCGAUUUGGUUUCAAAAUUUGGGUUGGGACACUGAGAUUAGGCUAUGUAGUCUGGAUAUCUCCCUAUCAAGGAAAAAGUGGUGAUCUUCAAAAUACUGAGUAUGGUCUGGGUGCGUCAGUUACCAUAUCAUAUGCAAAUAAUUUAUUGGCACAUCGUAUAGCUCCAUAUCAUUUGGUAUUUGAUAAUUUUUUUACUGGUUUGCCUUUAUUAGAAAAGUUGAGUGAAAUGGGUUUAUAUGGAACAGGGACAAUACGUUCAAAUAGAACAAAGAAAUGCCCAAUAAACUUGGCUGCAAUGAAAAAAAAAGAAAGAGGUUCGUACGAAAGUUAUGUUUCUGAUUCGGCAUCCAAUAAUAUUGGAGUUGAGCCAGUCACAGCCGCAAAAAGAUGGUCUGUUUCAGAUAAAAGAAGUAUACGAUUACCGCAACCACAACUUAUACAUUUAUAUAACCAAAAUAUGGGUGGUGUUGAUCGUAUGGAUCAAAAUGUUUCUCAAUAUCGAAUUUCCAUUCGUGGUAAAAAAAAAUGGUAUUAA